UGGGGUCCUUCUUGUUUGCUUAACUCAAAAAACAUGGCACCAACCAGAAUAUUUUGAAUUUGAAUUUCCCUCCCAUUAGUCUGAUAUUCCCUUCUUCUCUGUUACCCCAAAAGGCUGAAACAUCAAACUUCAACUCUACUUAAAUAAAGUUGUGCUAAACCAUACUACUCUGAACUCUCCUUCUCUCUAUCUGAUUUCCAAAUUCCAAUGAAUCCUUCCAAUCUCUUAAACUCUGAAAAUGAGGCAAUUACCACCCAAAAACUCACCCUCUGCUGUCCAAUCCUGGAUAGGUUUCUUUCCGGUGGCAUUCCUUGCAAAUCCAUCACUGAAAUCGUAGCCGAAAGCGGUUCGGGCAAAACCCAGCUCUGCCUUCAACUAGCCCUCUCUGCCCAACUCCCCGUCUCGGUCGGCGGCCUCUCCUCCUCUUCUCUCUAUCUCCACACUGAAUUCCCCUUCCCCAAUCGCCGCCUCCGCCAACUUUCUAUCUCCUUCAUCAAUUCCCACAUCACCCAUUUCGGCUCUGCUUCCUAUGAUCCCAUGGAUAAGGUUUCUGUCCAACCUGUUCAUGAUGCACACCACCUGUUCGACGUUUUGCUCAAGUUAGAUUCUUUUCUUCUUCAAAGGGAUUCCACCCAAUGGCCGAUUAAAUUGAUUGUCAUCGACUCCAUUGCUGCCAUUUUCAGGUCUGAAUUUGGUAAUACUCCUGCUGAAAUGAAGGCCAGAUCGUCGUUUUUCUUUAAGAUUUCUGGGAGAUUGAGAGCAUUGGCUCAGAAGUUUGGAUUGGCAGUAGUGUUAACUAAUCAAGUGGUUGAUUUUGUGGGGAGUAAUGAAGGGAUUAAUGGGUUACAGAUAGGAAAUUUGGCAUGUUUGUAUACUUCUGGGAGACGGGUAUGCCCGGCUUUGGGUUUAUCUUGGGCUAAUUGUGUUAAUACAAGGUUGUUUAUUUCGAGAAGCGAGGAGGUUCCUGGUGAGAGGAGUGGGUUUGUUGAGGAAGAUGGAAGUUCGUCUGUUAGCUUGCGGAGUAGGAGGUACAUCCAUGUUCUUUUCGCGCCUCAUUUACCACCAUCUUCAUGUGAAUUCACAAUCCUCAGAGAAGGUGUUUUUGGGGUUGAAAGUAGAGAUCAGAUUGUUGCAGAUAGGAGUGGUCAAUAGUAGUUAAGACUUAAAGAGUGUUGCUGAUUUAGCAUGUGUUUUCUCUUUGGUUAGAAUCUCAUCUUGUAAAUAGUAGGAUGUACUAAUGUUUAACUUCAGUUUCUUGAUUACUUUUUUUCCAGUUGUUUUUGUUGAAUAGGAGCAAGUCCAUGAAGCACUCUGCACUUAUUAAUCAGUCUCAGAGAUGAUUUAAGGGAAAUUUAUGCUUUUCUAUUCCCACAUUUUAGUGUAUAAUUGUAUGAAAAGCUACUUUUGUUGUUUUUAUGGAUUCUACUUUACCUAUGAUGUUUCUAGAGAUCAAUGAUAGAUGAUGAGUUUGUUGCA